CCGGCUUCGUGUUCCUUUUUAAGAUUUUCUGUCUUCCUGUUAUAAAGUCUGAUCUCUGAUAGAGAGAGAACCAACAGAAGCAAAUAAGAAAAGAAAACAGAGGAAAAAUGAGUAGCUCCGGUGCGCAGCUUCACAAUGUUUUUGUCUAUGGUAGCUUUCAGGAGCCUGACGUCACUUAUGUCAUGCUUGAACGUACUCCUGAAAGUAUCUCUGCCACACUCCCUGGCUUUACGAGGAUGAGGCUUAAAGGAUGUUUGUAUCCAUGUAUUGUGCCGUCUGAGGAAGGAGAAGUCCAUGGAAAGGUAAUAAUGGGGUUAACGGAUGAAGAACUUAGGAACUUAGAUGCAGUUGAGAGUAAUGAAUUUGAGAGAGUGACAGUUGGUGUUGUACGAGAGGACAACUCGGAGAAGAUGCCAGUCAAAACAUAUAUAUGGAUCAAUAAGAAUGAUCCUGAUCUUGAUGGAGAAUGGGAUUUCGAGGAAUGGAAAAGACUACACAAGAAGAAAUUCAUAGAGACGUUCAAAGAAAUCAUGGAAUGGAAGAAGGAUCCUCAGGGAAAGGGACGGGAUACGUUCAGCCAUGCCCUCCGCGAAGAUCAAGUGAAUGCUCAAUCGUCUUGAAUGUAUUGUGUAUGUUGAGUAUGUCCUAUACACCACCUUUGUUUCCAAAUUCCGAAUAAAACAAAUAGGUGUUGUGAAGAUCAGUGAAAAUAUAGUAAUGACAUGGGGUAGUGUAAGAUUUAU